UUCCCCAGAAAAAUCGAAGUCCCUGGAGAGUGCUGUGAGAAGUGGAUCUGUGACCCGAAAGACGAAGUGAUUUUGGGAGGUUUUGCUAUGGCUGGGGGGGGGAACAAAAACGCCUACAGACAAGAGGCCACACUCGGGAUUGAUGUGUCAGAUUCAAGUGCCAAUUGUAUUGAGCAGACAACAGAAUGGAGUGCUUGUUCCAAAAGCUGUGGAAUGGGCUUUUCCACCCGUGUUACCAACAGAAAUCAACAGUGUGAGAUGGUGAAGCAGACACGUCUUUGCAUGAUAAGACCUUGUGAAAAUGAAGAGCCAUCUGAUAAGAAAGGGAAGAAAUGUAUCCGAACAAAGAAGUCCCUGAAAGCUCUUCGCUUUGAAUACAAGAACUGCACUAGUGUGCAGGCAUACAAACCACGUUACUGUGGCCUCUGCAAUGAUGGGCGAUGCUGUACCCCACACAACACCAAAACGAUCCAAGUUGAGUUCCGCUGUCCUCAGGGCAAAGUCCUAAAAAAGCCAAUGAUGUUGAUCAGCACCUGUGUCUGUCAUAAUAACUGUCCUCAGAGUAACAAUGCUUUCUUCCAGCCAUUAGAUCUGACAUCUAGUGAAGCAAAAAUAUGAAAAGCCUAAGUUAGGUAACACAAAAGGUAUAAAUAGUUUAUACAAGACUUGACCCACAAUCAGGUGAAUGUAACAAUUGCAUAUGUAAAACAUCUAAGAUGUUUUUCAAAACAGUCAGGCGCUUUAUUUUUUCCUGUAGUUUAUUAAAUACCUCAUUCUACGGUUUCCCCCUCCAAAUGGCUUUUAUUCACUUGAAGUAAAUUUUGUACCUUGGACAGAGCCUUCUUUUGUUCUUGACAGUGGCAUAAAGAUUACAAAGCAAACAGCUGGUCUUUCUCCUUGAGUUAAGGGGAUCAUGCCACAAGCUUCAGUAGCUGUAAGACUGGGCUCUUUAAGAGUAAGUGGAUUCCUUGGGGAAUGCAUGAUACCAUAUCACAUAAGCUUCCAGGUUCUUAACUUCACUUUGCAUAAUGCAUAUAAACACUUAAGCAGUGUUCUUUUUCCGUUCUAUUGAAACUCUGUUUCUCAUGACAGUAAAAAACUUACUGAUGAAAGUGUUGCAUUCUUGUAUCUUGUAAAAUACCUUCUAUCUGUACCUCCGACUUUCUCUGCAGAUUAAGUUUGCACAUAGCC